AUGUCUAGCAUCACGCUCAAGCUCUCGUCGCUCGUCAUCCGGACCCUCUCGAAACCCAUAGCAAACCAAAUCAAAGCACAGGCCCGCGAACAUGAACGGUUUCGUCGGAUAUGCGUGUCCUUCGCCCAGGCAGUACACCGCAUUGAUAUGAAGCUAAGGCUUGGCCUGCUUCAGAACACUGCUGCUCUUGAGAAGCAAGCUGCCCGUGAGGCCGCGGAAGCGCAAGCUAAGAAGAUAAAGCUCCAAACACCCACUGUCAAGACAGAAGCACAGACGAAGGCCGAUGAACUCCUCAAGGCAAAAGAAAAGGCCAGUGGUAUUACAAAGACGCCUCCCAUCCCACGGAUCCGACCGCUGUCUGAAGGGAAAGCGAUCGAUAUGGGUGCAAACUUCAUCAGUGAAACCUUCCUUUUCCUUGUUGGAGGAGGCCUGAUUAUAUUCGAGUCGUUUCGAGCCCGAAGGAAGGAGACAUCUAGGCGAGAGGACGUCGCCGAACGGCUGGUCGAGCUUGAAGAAUCAGAAAAUGCUGCCCGCGCCGGUCUGAUUCUCCUAGAGAAGGAGGUGCUUCGGCUUCAAGCCCAGCUCGAGAAGCGGCCAGUGAAGGAGCUGAAGCGAGUCCUCCCAAAAGAGAUUUGGAAUACUGAGGAGGAGCCGGAGCCGCCAGCCGAGACUCCAACGCUUCUAACGACGCUCUCUUCGUACCUCCAGUGGCCAGGAACAAAGAGCAGUCCUCGCUGCAAUUUUCCUUCGUCGUCCAUAAUCGAGAUACAGACCUCGAGCGCUGCCUGUCUUCCGCUGCCUGGAACCGUCGAGGAAGUACACCCGCGCGCUCAGCACCACAACCCCACAGGCUCCCUGUUGGCCGUCCAGCCCCUAGAUGAUAAGAAGAGCAAAGGGGGCCGGUCGAAACAUGCGGGGGAUAAGGGCUCCGGCCAGCCGCGAGUAAAGAAAGCUGCGUUCGAGAGCACCAAGAAGAAGGAAGUCGGUGUAUCAGACCUUACGCUACUCAGCAAAGUGUCCAACGAGGCUAUCAAUGAGAACCUGAAGAAACGCUUCGAGCAUGGAGAGAUUUACACCUAUAUCGGCCAUGUGCUUGUAUCGGUCAACCCAUUUCGAGAUUUGGGAAUAUAUACCGACGAAGUCCUCGAUUCGUACCGUGGGAAGAACCGACUCGAAGUUAAGCCCCAUGUUUUCGCAGUCGCCGAAUCGUCAUACUAUAACAUGAAGGCAUACAAGGAAAACCAAUGUGUUAUUAUAUCGGGAGAGUCUGGUGCGGGAAAAACAGAAGCUGCGAGACGAUUGAUGCAGUACAUCGCAAACGUAUCAGGGGGCACCGAUUCCUCCAUUCAAGAAACAAAGGAUAUGGUCCUGGCUACGAACCCGCUCCUAGAAUCUUUCGGAAACGCGAAAACAUUGCGCAAUAACAACUCCUCACGAUUUGGAAAAUAUUUGGAACUUCAGUUCAACUCAGUUGGUGAGCCCGUGGGAGCUGUUAUCACGAACUAUUUAUUGGAGAAAUCUAGAGUUGUCGGUCAAAUCACCAACGAGCGCAAUUUCCAUAUAUUCUAUCAAUUUACUAAAGCUGCUCCCCAGUCCUAUAGAGAUACAUUUGGAAUUCAGAAACCCGACGCCUAUCUCUACACAAGCCGCUCGAAGUGCUUCGAUGUACCCAAUAUUGAUGAUGCCUCGGAUUUCAGAGAAACAAUUGAAGCCAUGAAGAUAAUUGGCUUAGCUCAAGCCGAGCAAGAUAAUAUAUUCCGUGUAUUAUCUGCCAUUCUCUGGCUAGGGAAUAUGCAGUUUGUCGAGGACGAUCAAAGCAACGCCACGAUCACGGAUCGAUCGGUUAUCGACUUUGUUGCAUAUUUGAUGGAAGUUGAUGCAGACCAGGUGCAAAAGGCGCUCACGCACAGAAUUGUUGAGACAGCAAGAGGAGGCCGGAGAGGUUCUAUCUAUGAAGUUCCAUUAAAUACAGUGCAAGCUCUAGCUGUCCGCGAUGCGCUAGCCAAAGCGCUUUACUUCAACCUCUUCGACUGGAUUGUGCAGCGAGUCAACGCCUCCCUGGUCGCAAAAGGAGCCGUCACAAACUCCAUCGGUAUCCUCGACAUUUAUGGAUUCGAGAUUUUCGAAAAGAAUUCAUUCGAGCAGCUGUGUAUUAACUAUGUUAAUGAAAAACUUCAGCAGAUUUUCAUUCAACUGACGUUAAAGACUGAACAGGAAGAAUAUGCCCGAGAACAGAUCCAGUGGACACCCAUCAAAUAUUUCGAUAACAAGGUUGUCUGCUCCCUGAUCGAAGAUAAAAGACCACCAGGAAUUUUUGCUGCCCUGAAUGAUGCUUGUGCCACUGCACACGCGGACUCUGGUGCAGCCGACCAAACCUUUGUGGGACGACUAAACUUCCUCGGCCAGAAUCCAAACUUCGAAUCCCGCCAGGGACAGUUCAUCGUUAAGCAUUACGCUGGUGAUGUCUCCUAUGCUAUCGAAGGGAUGACCGAUAAGAACAAGGAUCAGCUUCUUAAGGAUAUAUUAAACCUUGUUAACUCAAGUAGCAAUAGUUUCCUGCACGCCUUAUUCCCAAAUCAAGUGAACCAGGACGACAAACGCCGCCCUCCGACCGCUGGUGACAAAAUAAAAGCAUCUGCGAAUGACCUCGUUACGACUCUAGCUAAAGCUCAGCCGUCGUAUAUUCGAACUAUUAAGCCGAAUGACAACAAAUCGCCCUCGGAAUACAAUGUCGGCAACGUCAUGCAUCAGAUCAAAUAUCUAGGUUUGCAAGAAAACGUUCGAAUUAGGAGAGCUGGAUUCGCCUAUCGGCAGACGUUUGACAAGUUCGUCGAGCGCUUCUAUCUUCUGUCUCCCAAAACCUCUUAUGCCGGUGAUUAUACCUGGACUGGCGACGCAGAAUCUGGAUGUCGACAGAUCCUGAAGGACACUAGUAUUCCUGCCGAAGAAUACCAAAUGGGUGUUACUAAGGCUUUCAUAAAGACCCCGGAGACCCUUUUUGCACUGGAACACAUGCGAGACCGAUACUGGCAUAAUAUGGCCAUCAGGAUUCAACGAGCGUGGCGCAAUUAUCUCAGAUAUCGAAUUGAGUGUGCCAUCCGAAUCCAGCGGUUCUGGAGGCGUGUCACAGGUGGUUUGGAGUAUAUCAAACUGCGAGACCAAGGUCACAAAGUCCUGGGCGGAAGGAAGGAGCGUCGGCGGUUCAGUCUUCUCGGCUCGAGGAGAUUUCUCGGUGAUUAUCUUGGUGUUGGGAACAGCGGUGGCUUUGGAGAGAUCGUUAAGGAUUCUAUCCGCCUUUCGGAUUCCGAAACCGUACUUUUCUCUAGCCGCUGUGAGCUUCUAGUUACAAAAUUCGGUCGAUCGAGUAAACCUGCACCACGACUCUUGAUCUUGACGGCCCGAAAUGUUUAUAUAAUCGUUCAAUCCGUUGUGAACAACCAACUGAACAUCUCUGCUGAGCGCACUAUCUCACUUGGUGCUAUCAAGUCUGUUGGAACAUCCAAUCUCAAGGAUGAUUGGUUUUCAUUAGUCGUCGGUGCAGCACAGGAACCAGAUCCUCUAUUAUCCUGUGUAUUCAAAACUGAAUUCUUCACACAUCUCACAAAUGCCCUACGCGGCCAGAUGAACUUGAAAAUAGCUGACGCGAUUGACUUCAAUAAGAAGCCCGGAAAACUAGCCCAAGUGAAAGUUGUCAAAGAUGCAGCAGUACCCCGGGAUGACGUGUAUAAGAGCGGAACCAUCCGCACUGGGCCUGGAGAACCUGCAAACUCGACCUCAAAGCCGACGCCGCGACCCAAACAGGUUGCUGGGAAACCGAUUACAAAAGGCAAACUACUACGACCUGGUGGCCCCGGAGGUGGUCCAUCCAAACUCUCUCAGGCUGCAGCCAAACCAAAACCUCGACCAGCUGCACAGCAACUUCCAGCAAGUGGGCAGCAGUCCACUCUUGAAUCACGGCCCGUUCCCCAGCCCGUUGCGGCUGUCGCAGCCUCCCAUAACCGCGCUGGCUCUGCUGCUUCACAAACCCAGUCACGACCGCCGCCUCCGCCUCCUCCUCCGCAGGCAGCUCCACCACCCAAAAAGCCCAUGGCCAAGGUUUUGUAUGACUUCAACAGCGGGAAUACGAAUGAGCUGGCAAUUCGCCAAGGAGAAAUGAUACAGAUUAUCUCACGUGAAACAAAUGGAUGGUGGUUAUGCAUGAAUCCAAGCACAGGCACCCAUGGAUGGACGCCAGAAGCAUACGUUGAAGAAGUGAAAGAAGUUGCGGCUCCUCCACCUCCUCCUCCGCCUCCAGUAACUCCAAAGGCUACAACACCCCUACCUACGUCCAACGGCGCCGCUCGUGCCAGUGGCUCUGCCGUGGCAAAGGCAAAACCGGCUCCUCCUGCACCACCAGCGAAGCGCCCCAUCAAUGUCCGCAAACAAAUUCCCGUAGCUCCGCGAGACAGCGCAGUUAGCAUGAAUUCACAAGACUCAUCUGGUGCAAGCGGCCGGGCCACGCCCAAUAGUAUGAGCAAUGCAAGCUUAGCCGGCGGUCUCGCAGAGGCAUUACGGCAACGUCAGAGUGCAAUGCAAGGGAAGCAUAAUGACGAUGACGACUGGUGA